AUGGCACAAUAUGCAAUGCACAUGGCUAAUGUCUGCGACGGUUUCUCUAUCAUAGACCCUAAUUUUCUGGCUUUGUGGAUGGCUUCCUCCGAGGUAGACCAGAAGGCCUUGGGCAAUUUCGCGGCCUUAACCAGCCUCGAAAACCCAUUCCUGUCCGCAAUGCUUUAUAGAGUUCUAGGCCUUUCGGUCAUGCUUUCGAAAAAGCUACUUCGUGCACGACGAUUGCGGCGACUGGACCCUAGCCGAGAAACCAAGUCGCUACAGUUGUAUCAUCAUAUCUUAUGGCUCUCCCGUGAAGGAUUACUGAUUCUGGAAGAGUUCGUUCUCCCGAUGGUUGAGGGAUAUGUGGAGCCGAAGAUCCUGGCCUAUAAACUCCGAGCAUCUUUUUACCACAUAUUUGUGCUUUUCCACAAUCAGCCCGCAGUUCACUGGCCCGGCAUCACCAGUUUUCCGAGCAACGGUACCAAACUAAACAACGCACCCAAAGCCGAAUCACUAGGCAAAGAACCCGGGUCGAGGUUCUCGUUUAGAUCGAACGCAGAAUCAAUAUCAGUCCCUGAACAGCCAGCUUACAGCUCAGGGAACGUUUCCCGGUACACUACUCUCCAGGUUCCCCCGGGGCUUGCACCCGUUCAACCGCCCAAGGCGUCGUCCUUUCUCCUGCCUGCUCUCGACUACACCCCUACGGCGACGGCAUGCUUCAAUCACGCGUCUCUCUUGGCUGAACGAUUUCUUCCUGGCUCCCACCCUUUGCGUCUGUCUAUCAAGCUCGAGUAUGCGGCGUAUCUUUACGAUUGCUCCAUGAUCCUAAUGCUUGCCGGCGGCUUUGCAGAUGCCGCUGAGAUCGUUGGAAUUUUGGGGAAGAUGGUUAAGCGAGGGGGCAAGACUAGCAGCACUGAAGGUAGCAGCACGGCCUCUGCGACACUUCGGGGCGGGAGUUCGAGGAGUGAAAUUGGCGAUACACCGGCAACGGUCACACCAGUGCCACCGGUAACAGCAUCACCAAAGACUAACAAUGACUUGCCUCCGGCUGUUCCUGACCCUACCAUGAUGAACCCAAUCUAA